AUGGAGGUUCUUUUCAAGUUGAUAAAUGAUGUUGUAGAACGAGGACAACUUACUGGUUUUCAAGUUGUGGAGAAUGGUACAAUUAUUUCGCACCUCCAAUUCGCGAAUGAUACUCUUAUUUUCUUAGACGCAAGUGUAGAAGAAGUGAGCAAACUUUUUAUCAUCUUGGAGGUUUUUGAAUACAUUACAGGAAUGAAGUUAAAUUUGGAUAAAAGUACCAUGAUUAGUGUGGGAGCCGAAGCGGUGAUUGAGGCGUUUUCAAAAGAGCUUGGAUGUAAGACAGAGAAGUUGCCUUUCAAAUACUUAGGAAUGCCAAUAGGUGAACAUUGGCAUAGUACUACAGUAUGGGAGUACGUUUUGACAAGAAUGAAGCAGAGGUUGACAACUUGGAAGAAAAGAACCCUAAACAAAGCAGAUUAUGCGAAAUUUUUUAUGGGGUGCAGUGGAAGGAAGAAGAAAGCUUGUAUGGGUUUCUUGAAAAAAGUGAGAAACGGAAGGGAUAUUCGGGUUUGGAAGGAUAAAUGGAUGCAAAGGGGUUUUUUGCAAGAUACUUUCCGGUUGUCUACAAAGCAACAAGAGACAAGGAAUCUCCAAUUGCCGAGCUGA